UAGCAGUCGCGUUGUGUAGUUUGUUGUUAUGAGCGCGGUGCAGUGUUUCGUUUGAGAUGAGGCAAUUUUAGCCUGGAUUGAUGUUACGUGUUUCUGCGCCGGGGCACGACGUGGUCCAAUAUUCAAUAGUUUCCUCAAAUAAUAUGGGUGAAUGCUUCUGGAUCUUCCCAAAUGCGGUGGAUCAUGUGGGCAACGUGCAUUUUACUCUUGAUCUUGCCUUUCUCCGUCGUGUGCAACGCAGCAACACCAGACAAGGAGGCAAAGACCAGAGAAAUCAGCAAUGUUGCUAUCCUAGAGCCCAUGAUAUUGCUGUCUACACUUGACGGAACGCUGUUUGCUCUAGAGAAAAAGACCGGCACCAUUCACUGGUCACGUAAGGAAGAGCCUGUCCUCAAAGUUCCUGCAAGUGUGACUCAAAGCACCAGUUUCCUACCCGAUCCAAAAGAUGGGAGCCUUUACAUCUACGGCUUCGGUCAGGGAGGAGGAGCCAUCAAGAAACUGCCCUUCACGAUACCAGAACUAGUGAGCGCCUCACCGUGUCGCAGCACCGAUGGAGUUCUUUACACUGGACAAAAGCGGGACGUAUGGUUUGCUAUCGACUUCUUCACGGGCGAGAAGCUCGAGACAAUCUCGUACCAUGGCUCGGACAAGAUCUGUCCCGUCUCGUACGAAAAGGCGAUCUUUGUGGGACGAACAGAGUUCCAGAUUGCCAUGUAUGACAGCAAGACAGGCGAAAAGAGGUGGAACGCUUCGUUCUUUGAUUACGCAGCGCAAGCAAGCCCUGAGAUGUCGGAGGAAUACGAUAUGGCACACUUCACAUCAAGCGAAAGCGGCAGAGUGCUGACAUUCUACAAGGAUACGGGUGACUUCCUCUGGGAACGUGACCUGGGCAGCCCAGUCGUGGCCGUCUACCAAGUCGGUGACGAGGGGGUGCUGCGUCGUCUGCCCUUCACACCCGUCGCCCACCAGACGCUCGUGGACAUAACGGGACGGAUCACAAAAAAUUCGUGGAAGAAGAAUCUUCUGGAGCCAUCCCAGCAUACGACGCUUUACCCCGCACUCUACGUUGGAGCCCACGCAGCUGCAAGUUACGCCCUCCCCGCGCUCGUGGAUAAGAACAUGCCUGUCAUGUCGACAAGAAGCGUGCCGCUAAUUGACGGUCCACACUCAGCGUCCGACGAACAGCAUCGCCAUGGAAACGGGAGACGAGCGAAGGAGCCCGUGGAUGAACAUCGUCAUACAUUUGUUUCGGGGUACUACGAGUACCCAAACACUGUGAUAGCUGUUUUGUUCUCGCGCCUGCAACUUGGCUACUCGAGGGAUAACCCCUACAUGAAGCCACUGGAGAACCAAGCCAGCACUAGCCACUCGGAAGAAAAGGUUAACGAUGCUGAUGACAAGAAAUCAGAGCAGGUAAUCAAGGAUGGAAGUGCAAACGCGAAGUCACCUCGACACUUGCCACCCUUCUUCUACUUCGAGGAAGAGAAACGACCUCGCGGACACGAAAAGAAGGACGACACACCGAAGCGUGCCAGCGACUCGACGGAUGUGGUGCUUUCGCGGCAGUUCAUCUUUCUCCACCUGGCCCUCGUCCUCCUGGUGGUAGGGAUGGUUGCGGUGGUUGCCUAUCUCUAUCCGCAGGCAAGAGAGUACCAAAGAUCCUCGCAGAGCGGGAGGCUCCGGCUUAGUGGGUCCUCGCAGAUUUCGGAGGUGUCCGAAGAUGGAAUAUGUCGCAUUGGCAAGAUCGCGUUUGAUGCCAAGGACGUCAUCGGUCGUGGAUGCAACGGCACUUUCGUUUUCAGGGGUACCUUCGAGUCGCGCCCGGUCGCCGUGAAACGAAUUCUGCCGGACUGUGUCAGUUUGGCCAUUAGGGAAGUAGACCUGUUGCGAGAGUCCGACGAACAUCCAAACGUGGUCCGUUACUUCUGCAUGGAGGAAGACCGCCAGUUCUGCUACAUUGCGCUGGAAUUGUGUUCCGCCACUCUUCAGGACUACAUCGAGGAUCCGGACUUUGACAGAGGGGCGUUGGAACCUCCGACCGUCCUCUUUCAGGCGGCGUCCGGCGUUCAACACCUGCAUUUGCUAAAUAUUGUUCACCGGGACAUCAAGCCGCACAACGUGUUGCUGUCUCGCUGUAAUCCCUCCGGGGAGGUGAAAGCCAUGAUAUCGGACUUUGGGCUGUGCAAAAAGCUGUCCCACGGACGUCUGUCUUUCUCCCGCAAGUCCGGCAUUACUGGCACCGAGGGAUGGAUAGCGCCGGAGAUGAUAUCGGGUUCUGGACGUGUGACUCGAGCCGUGGACAUCUUUUCACUCGGAUGUGUUUUCUACUAUGUGCUGAGCAACGGACGCCACCCAUUUGGAGACCCACUCGAAAGGCAGGCCAAUAUAAGGCACAGCAAAUAUUCCCUAUCAGAUAUGGCAUCUCAUGGCGAUCUUGCACGGCCACUCAUAGACCAGAUGCUGCAAGUGGACCCGUCGGAACGGCCCUCUAUCAAUUCCAUAACCAAGCACCCGGUCUUCUGGUCACCAAGGAAGCAGCUGGAAUUUUUCCAGGAUGUAAGUGAUCGUAUUGAGAAGGAGCCCCCAGACAGCAGCAUAGUGCGAUCUCUCGAGAGAUCUGGGUUUGAGGUUGUUAAGGGUGACUGGCGUGAACAAAUUACGGAGGAGCUACAGAAAGAUCUUAGGAAGUUUAGAACUUACAAGGGAAAUUCAGUGCGGGACCUCCUGAGAGCUCUUCGAAAUAAGAAACACCACUACCGGGAGCUCCCGGAAGCUCUUCAGGCAGAGCUGGGGACCAUCCCGGAUGAGUUUGUCGGGUAUUUUGUGACCCGUUUCCCCCUGCUGCUGCUUCACACCUACGUGGCCAUGCAAAGGUUUAAAGAAGAACAAAUCCUGAGGCCGUACUACGCGCACGACGGAUCGGUCGAUGUCCGUGGUCAUCCUCCGGCACCCAUACUGUUGGGCCCCAGGUCCCCCUGGAAGUGGAGGCGCAAAAAGUUCCAAGCAGACGACGCAGAAACAGCCGAGCAUGCUACAUUGGAUCCCAAGAUGGUCAUCCAGGAGAGUAACGUCCUCCCAGCCCUCGACAUUUCAAAAAAGCCAAAGACGGAUUUGGGCAGCUUGCUUUUCGUCGGUAGUCCGCCGGCCGGCCAGAGCACUGAGCCGGCCUAUCCCCAGACCGGUCCCACGGACCUGCCCGAUUUUACCGACGUCCAGGAGGUCAGAGGUGAAAUCCUCUCCUUGGACGAAGUCGCGGAGCCCGAAGAAAGACUGUAUCCCGACGUCGCAUCUUCUGCCGCCGCGGCAGAAGCAUCGGCGGACCGCAAACCGCGUGACCAGAGCUGGCCCCUCCUAGAUCACGGACUAGGACACGACGCGAAGGAUUCACAAGGUUUCGAAACGGACACCAGAUUAAAAAAUACGGCAAACACCGCAGAAGUCGGGGACCCGUUGCCCGAGGGUUUAUGGCACAGAACUCACUUGAGUCCGGACGCCGUGCGGUGUUCGAGCAUGCUAAAUAACAACCCGGACACGGGGAACUGGCACGGGAAAUCGCCGGCAAGACGCCGGGUUAGCAGAAGCCCGUCGGAAAGCCCAACGAGAGGGUCUCCAAAAAGGAGAAUCAAAACGCUGGCCAAUUACUCAGUGAACAGUCGCCCAGCAGUUGGCAACACUGCAGGCGGUGAGGCAACCUUAGCAGACGUCGUACGACGCGGCAUCAAGUCUAGCAGCAGAGCGUGGCAGUGAGAAUUGCGCGUGCAGAUGGGUUUCGAGUUUACACCAAGUGCCGCGUGACUCCGCGCGACUCCGGGAGUGCAUUAUUUGAACGAAGAAAGUGUAAUUUUCCACCACCAGGUGACUGUGCACAAAUGACAUUGAUGUUAUGAACUUGGCUCAAGUUGAUUCGCCGUUGUUGAUGUUGCUUUCGACGCAUAAUUUUAAAUUCUUUCGUUCGUUAUCACCCGUUUUAUAUGUGACUGCUGAACAUCUGAACGCUGGAGCGUGUGUUUGAGAAGGGCCCUGAUUGGGUGCUAGUUAUCGACGUUGGUACUACAGCGUGUACUUACUAUACUGAAUGAUCAAUGAGUUGAUUCCAUCAAUUCAAUUUGUUCCGUGUCGCACUGAUAUUGUUGCACGAGGAGUUUAGAAUUUUUGCCAUUGGCUGGACACAUAUCACGCAUUAUAUCAUUUUUAUCACAGAUUUGCGACAGCCUGCAAGGUACAAAAAAAUUACGUGUUGUCACGUGUACACUUUUGCGGAGCUGGUGGAUGCUCUCAUCUUUUGUUACGGGGUCCAUGUGUAACUUCACGAAACAUUACUUUUCAAAGUUCAGGAUCACAUGAACCGUUGCUUCUCUGUUUAGUUUUUCUUUUUUUUUUUUAUGAUUACUUUUCCAUUUCCCAUUGCAAUCCUUACAACGUUUUCCGUUUUCGCACAUGAUGCAUUAUCAGGUCUCUCCUUUUCCCUGUCAUGUCUGUUUCACAUUUUACCCUUAUGAGUGUUGAGCUGCUGUAGAUAUUUAAGUGCUAAGUGAAUUAACAGUCGACAGGGCUUAUUCCAUAUGUUAAUUAUCUCUUCAAAUGGCUGGUGCUUUGUAACGUGGAACCACUUCAGAUGUUAUUCACAUUGAAACGAAAACCAUGUCCAUGUUUUAUUUAUUUUAUUCAGCACACGUAAUACAGGCCCAAAAGUUGAACAGUGUAUGCAAUUUCAUAAUUACAGUUGAUUUUGUCAAACUUAACCAAUGCCUUGUUCCAGUCCAAUGUACAGUAGUGUCCGUGAUAAUGUUAGAGGCGAUGUCUGUACUUGCGCACACAGUUAUAUUUAUAUACCAGAUAAUAUAUAUAUAUAUUUUCUCAGAAUAGCAUACAGUAAUCUGGGAUGUACAAUUCCAUAAUACUGCACGGGUACCUUGAGACAGAAGGCGGUAUGCAGUUUAUAUAAUGCUUAUACAAUUGAAUGAAGAAGGAGGAUUAUUGUGUACAAAUAAAAGCACAUAACAUGCUAAUACAAAA